CGUGGCGGAGUUUAUUUGGCCAAAUCAACGCCGCCAUGAGACCAAGAGGGGAAGUCCAAGCGCACUUGUUUGGGAAAUUUUGAUCUGCGUCAUCGAAACCUGGACAUUGUCACCUCAAGAAAGAGUCAGAGCUGCGUACACGCACCAACUGACCAAGAUCUCUUAACGUCUUCAUACACGACAGGUGUAGUCAGCAUGCCGCUUGACACCGUGCUAUGUCUGGACACGUCGGGCUCCAUGGCGGGACGGGGCAUGAGGGAACUCAAAAAGGCCGUCCGAGAGUUCAUUCUGGGCGUUCAGGAGACGGCCAGCAAGCACAAUCUCCGGGAGAAUGUUGGGGUGGUGGAAUUUGGCGCCAAAACUCGCAUCGUCCAACCACUCACCAAUAACUACGCCGCAGUUCUGAGGGCUGUUGACAACCUGCACGCAGGAGGUACCACACCGAUGUUCGAGGGUCUCAUGGAGGCGUUGAAGGAGGUCCUGCAGAACGGCGGCGUACUGGUUCUGUCUGGUCAGAAGAAGAUGACCCCAAGGGUCAUCCUGAUGACCGACGGACACCCUGACGACAAGCAGAACGUCCUGAAGGCAGCGCUGUCGUUCGGGCCGGCGGGCUGGCAGGCGGUGGGCCUGCCGCAUCCCAUCCCCAUAGCCUGCGUGGGCUGCGGCGGAGACGUGGACGGAGACCUUCUCCAGGCAGUGGCGAAGCUGACUAACGGCAUGUACGUGCAGGGUGACAUCGGCCAGCUGUCCGAGUUCUUCCGCAGACAGGUGCUUCUGAUUCGUUUUGCAGCCCAGUUCUCGCAUGACAUGCGCCAGUUGCGGGAUCUGAUGGUACUGCGCCAGUUCUUGGCCCAGAUGGGAGAGAGUGUGGACGAGGAAGAACUGGUCGGACUGAAGACCCUCCUGCUCGCCAUGCUGUUAUGUGCUGCAGAGGAUGACGACAGCGACGAUGAGGAGCAGGACAACAUGCCGCCGCUAGGAUCUCGCGUGCAGCGCGGACGGGACUGGAAGUGGGGGAACCAGGACCGGCAGGGUACCGGCACGGUCGUCAAGCACAAGUCAGACGGCAACCUUGUGGUUGAGUGGGACCAUGACUCCUCCACCAACUAUAAGUACCGGUUCGGCGCAGAGGGAGCAAGAGACGUUAGGGUUGUGGACGAACCACGAGUUGUCGGUCCGGACGGACGCAUCAUGCCAGGAUGCCGGGUAGUCAGGGGGCGAGACUGGGCCCCUCGCUACGGUGACCAGGACGGUGGGAGGGGGAGUGUCGGCUCCGUCUACAAGGUCAAACAAGGGGAGGACUACAACGUGCACGUCCGCUGGCCCAACAAGCACAAGAACGUGUACAAGUACCAGCCGCCAAACAUCAAGGAGAUUCAGAUGGAAGAACACGUGGUACUGGGCACGGCUGCUGCCCUGGCGGCCCUGAGCCUGGCAGGGUCCGGCGGGCCGUCCGGCUCUUCCCGCCCCUCCUCCGGCCGGCCCGGCACGGGAACACGCCGGGGUUCCUCUGACGGCUGCAGUGUCAUGUAAACCCGCCAGGCGUAAACGCGAAAGGUCCACAGAUGGAGAAAAAUACGAAAUUAGUGGGUGAUGUACCCUUAAAUGGAGAUGAACACGGUUGAGACGGUCACACCAGCUUUCUUAAUUUGUAUGCUUUCAGGUGGAACGAAAAUACUACAUUAAGCCACAUUCUUCUACUAGUUCAACAAACUUUACCCGAGGACACUAUUAGCUGGUGAUAUGGUUAUUCAGAUGAAGGCAACCCUCCAUGCAAAACCUUUGAUUAACAUUUAUGUUGGUAAUGUUAUAUUGUUACCUUAUAUAAUAUAAAAUAUAUUGGUAUAUUGUUGUCUAUAUAAUAACUAAAGAACCCAAUACACGUAUCGAGAAGAGUAGGGUUAACCCAAUGUGCUUAGCUGUAAUCUAUAUGAAUGUGAGCUGUAGCGACGCAACAUUGUACUAUCAACGUUAGAUAGCAGAGAGCAUUUCGCUUCAUCUCAAGCGCAUUUAUGCUUGAGCUCAACAAGAAUAAGAGGAAGUAUAUACUAGUAAUGCGGUAACUUUCAAAGCUAUACGAAGUUAAUGGGAUUACCAUUUCCAGAAUUCCAUCAUCGGUAUCGAAAGAAAUGUUUCUGGACUAGAAGGCACCAUGUGCUCUCGAGUUUGCCUUUUUCUGGAGUAAAUUUUACUAAUGUAUACAUAGAUCAAACUAGUGACAGUAAAAGGAUAACUGACACAGUAACCGCUAUUAUGUUAACUAACGUUAUUUGUAACAGAAUCAUUGCUAACGUUACGUACUUUAAUAAAUUACAGUUAGUACCUUUCUUAGACAUUAAACUGUGCUGUUAAAACCUGA